CCAAACAGCCGCGGCAUGCCACUCUCCCUGACAGCACCUCCCUGCCUUCUCAGGAGACAGACAGACAGGCUGAACUGAAGCUGAGAACAGACUGUAGUGGACUGUCUGGCAAACACGCCCUCACAUCAGCAAGACAAAGUGGAGGAAACUGCUGAACACAUGUCACAAGAUACCAAAGGUCCAACCAGAUAAUGUGACAACAAAUAGUCUGGAGAACCAAACAAAGCAAAAUGAUGGAAGGACAAAAUGGAAAUAUCUCACCUCAUAAAACAACGGCAAAUGGAAUUAAAGGGAAGCCUCCUUACUCUGUGGAAACCCCCUAUGGCUUCCGACUUGACCUGGACUUUCUGAAAUACGUAGAUGACAUAGAGAAAGGCAACACUAUCAAAAGAGUCCCAAUCCAGCGCCGGAGCAAGGGUCCCCGGGCAAGCACUCUCCCCAGGCACCUCAACCCUUCUGGGUGUGGCUACCGGCCGAGCCCCUGGGGAUCUACUGGAGCUCUUGGCCCCAGGUCCAGACUGUCUGAUGCCCAUCAUCAUGGCUACACUUCCUGGGCACAGGAUCACAGGUCGCCCCUUUCUCCCACGGGGCUCAAAUCCUUGGCAGAGAUGGAGGCCAGAAUCAAGGAGUUUGAUGAGCAACCUCUAGGUGAGCACAUCAGACCUAAUCUCCUCCGUGCCUCCAGUCUGCCUCUCACAGUAUUACUAAGACAGGGCUCAGAGUCCACGGAAGACUCCGGCAGCCUCCGGAGUUCUAGGGAUCACCUUGGGGGAAGAAACAUCUCCUGUGAAGACAUUUUCUACUCGCCAGAUAACCCUCGACCCCAGGACUGCUCAGGGCUGUUGAGGCGUCUGACCGAGGCCCUUGAACGCGUUGGGGAGCUGGAGAUGGAGGUGAGAGUCAUUCCAGAGCUCAGGGCUCAGAUCUGCAUCCUCCAGGAGGAAAGAGAAAGACUCCGCCUGGGCCUGAAUCCACGUAUCCAUUCCCCUUCGAUGAAUGGUACCACAGACCCUCAUACCCUGUCCCACUACAGCACUGUGGACAUCAAAAAGCCUCGGCAUGAAAGUCAUAUCAUGUUUGCUAAAAAUCACAGUCAAGAUGACUCUAAUCCAACACAUGAAUGGAGGACUAGUACAGAUCUGGAUGAACUGCUGACGGUGACAUCCCUGCAGGCUAAGGUAGCUGUGCUGGAGCAGAAGCUCCAUGAAACUGGUCUGGAGCUCCAGAGGGCCUUAGGUCUGCUGAGGGAGCAGCAGGAGGAGAGCAGACGGAAAGAUGAGAAGAUGGAGCACCUCAUCAGGAACCCAGGGGUGUGGGUCCGGGCAGAGAGGGUGGUGGUAGACCAGGACGGAGAAGAGACAGUGGUGAGAUCCAUUGAACCAGAUUAUAAUAAAGUGUCUUUUGCAAGAAGCCAUGACGCAUUCGGUGGUACAGGAACUGUUACCACAAACGGACAAAGAAGUCGACAACAAGACUCUGCAGUCGAUUCCUCGUCUGCUGAGAGGAGUCCACUGGUGUCUGCUGAACCUGGAGAGGCUUCAGCUGAGGACACAGCAGUGGUAGUCCACCACAUAAAGAAGAUCAAGAGGCUCCUGGAUCAGCAGUGGGAGUGUUUGUGUGCAGACAGGGGGUCAGGAGAGGCGGGUAAACCUUUGAAGCACCCAGACCCUAAAGUCAACUCCCUGCAGCAGGAGAUGAAGGGACUUGUUGACAUCCUCACCUCCUACUACACCCAGCAUGAACACAGUGACGGAGAAAGGAUUCAACACAGAGCCUCUAAAUCCAUCAUGAAGACAGAUGGAUGUGCCCGGACGUCAAAAAGCCAACAUUCUGGGGGUGUUAAUGAAGGAUGUAAAACAACCGCAAGUGGAAAUCUACUUGGGCAGGAUGGUAUGAACCCGAGCGUUCAUGGCAACUCUGAGCAGAAGGAGAGGAGCACCAGCCCCAGAGAGAUGGCUGCUGCCCAGGUGGAUGCAGAUCCAGAGAGGAGACGGAUGGAGGGAGAGAGGCAAAUGAGCCCAGACAGACAGAUGAUAUCGGGAGGAACAGGAUCAGGGUGGACAGAUGGAGGCGUAGCGACUGUGGAAGCUGAGGCUCCAGAGAAAACGGCCAAGACGAAACCAAAGCCCCCAGGAGAACAGAUGGAGAGGUACCCUGGCUCGGAAAGAACCACAGGGGGCAGAGAGACUGUGAGUGCAGACUUUAUGGCUGCCUGUCAGUUCCUCAACAACCACAUGGACAACAUGGAGAACCCCAAUGAGGACAUGAGGAAGGCCCUGGUUGUGUUGUUUCAGCACUGGUUCAGUGCGGCAGCAGAAGAGACUUCAGUGGCCAGCAGGGUGGCUGUGCACCUGAAGGAGGUGAAGAGAGCCACUCCAUCACUGCUGGCCUUCCUCGUCAAUCUGGCUGACGACAACGGCAACACAGUGCUGCAUUACAGCGUGUCCCACUGCAACUACAGCAUCGUCAGCCUGUUACUGGACACAGGUGUGAGUGAUGUCAACCUUCAGAACAACGCUGGCUACACAGCGGUGAUGCUGGCAUCACUGACGGCCCCGGAUGGUCCUGGUGGCAUGGAGGUGGUCCGCAAGAUAAUGGAGCUGGGCAACAUUAACUUUCGCUCCAGCCAGACGGGCCAAACCGCUCUGCACUUGGCGGUGAGACACGGCCGAGUUGUGAUGGUUCGCCUGCUGCUGAGCUGUGGAGCGGACGCCAACAUCCAGGACAGCCAGGGAACCACGGCCCUGAUGUUCGCAUCUGAGAGGGGCCACACACACAUCGCAAGGCUGCUGCUGGAGAGGAGCCAGUGCGACCUAACCCUCACUGACAAGCGUGGUCAAACUGCGCUCUCUAUCGCCAUGCAAGGUUCCCACACUGAUACAGCCGCCCUCCUGCAGGCCCACGCUAAAGCUCGAGCUCUGUAAUCCUGGAACUCAACAAUCUGCAGACCUUGGAUCCUCUCACAUGUGCUCUUUUCUGUCUGAUGCACUUCGAAACGCAGUUUAAGGUUGGCGCUACGUGCUUGGAUUGAGCUGUUUCUUUCAUGAUGUUACUUUUGAAUCCUGCACUUCUGCACGAACAUUAUCUUGAGUUUUGGAUGAACUGGACUCUGUGUCAUGAAUGAGUCAGGUCAAGCUUUAGAUGAGAGUUUGUCUCGAAUGCUGGUGCAGUUUUCUAUUGUCUUUACUGUUGAUGUUCAUAGUUAGGGCUGAUCUUUGCACAUCCAAGUAGCCGCUUCACUAUUCAAUGAAAAAAUAUAUUUAUUACAUGUUUAUUGUAUUGGUCAUUGGAAUAUGUUGAGAAUUAUCAAAAAGUCUGCGCUUCCGAUCAAAUGUUCCCUAUCACAGGUGCUUCUCUGUUUAUAGAGAAAAAGUUCAGAUUGCUCUUUGCAUUCUUGCAGCAGCUCAGCACUUUUCAAAUAAAAUAUGUUUAAAAUUGAUCAAGAAAUGCAAAGUACUCGUCUGAAGCCGCAUGCUGUGUACACUAAGGAAAGACAAAUCUAAACCAACCUGUUGAUUUCACUCACUAGCAAUUUCUAUCACGAUGUAAACAUUGGUUGUUUUUAAUAAAA